GCCAAGAUGAAUUACCUCCGCCGGCGCCUCUCCGACAGCAACUUCAUGGCCAACCUGCCCAACGGCUACAUGACCGACCUGCAGCGCCCGCAGCCCCCCCCGCCGCCGCCCCCCAGCGCCACCUCGCCCUCCUCCGGCAGCCUCUCCCCCGCCGCCGCCCCCGCCCCAGCCCCAGCCCCAGCCGCCCCCAGCCCCAGCCCCGGGCCCGCCAGCGCCGGCGGCUUCUUCUCCUCCCUCUCCAACGCCGUCAAGCAGACCACCGCCGCCGCAGCAGCCACCUUCAGCGAGCAGGUGGGCGGCGUGGCCGGCUCCGGGGGCUCUUCCGCGCGAGCCAAAGUCCUGCUGGUGGUCGACGAGCCCGGCACCGACUGGGCAAAAUAUUUCAAGGGGAAGAAACUUCAUGGAGAGAUGGACAUUAAAGUGGAACAGGCAGAGUUCUCUGACCUCAAUUUGGUAGCUCACGCCAAUGGCAACUUCUCUGUUGACAUGGAGGUUAUCCGCAACAGUGUCAAGGUGGUCAGGAGCCUGAAGCCUGACUUUGUGCUGAUCCGCCAGCAUGCCUUCAGCAUGGCACGUGGUGGAGACCAUCGUGGCAUCGUGAUUGGGCUUCAGUAUGCAGGUGUGCCCAGUGUCAACUCCCUGCAUUCAGUGUACAACUUUUGUGACAAGCCAUGGGUGUUUGCCCAGAUGGUUCGUCUGUAUCGCAAACUUGGACCGGAAGAAUUCCCACUCAUUGACCAAACCUACUAUCCCAAUCACAAGGAGAUGCUCACAACCUCUAAGUACCCAGUGGUGGUGAAGAUGGGACAUGCUCACUCUGGAAUGGGCAAGGUGAAAGUGGAGAACCAAUACGAUUUCCAGGACAUCGCCAGUGUUGUGGCCCUCACCAAAACCUACGCCACCUCGGAGCCUUUCAUCGAUGCCAAAUACGAUGUCCGUAUCCAGAAGAUUGGCAGCAACUACAAGGCCUACAUGAGAACCUCUGUAUCGGGAAACUGGAAAACCAACACAGGCUCUGCCAUGUUGGAGCAAAUUGCCAUGUCAGACAGGUACAAGCUAUGGGUGGACACUUGUUCAGAAAUCUUUGGCGGCUUGGACAUCUGUGCUGUGGAGGCUCUGCAUGGCAAGGACGGGCGUGACCACAUUAUUGAGGUGGUGGGGUCCUCCAUGCCACUGAUUGGAGACCACCAGGAUGAAGACAAGCACCUAAUCGUGGAGCUGGUGCUGACCCGCAUGGCCCAGGCCAUUCCUCGCACACCAGUGCCCUCACCUGUGCGCUCUGCCUCGGGACAGCAUGGCCAGACUCAGGCAGCUCAAGCUGGACAGCGACAAGGCCCCCCGGCCCAACAGAGGCCCCCGCCCCAGGGAGGUCCUCAGCAGCCGCUCCCAGGCUCCCAGCGCCCCCCUUCUCAACAGCGCCCUCCUCCUCAAGGCCAGCAACUGCCCGGUCUCUCCCCGCAGCCUGGGGGUCCUCCGAUGGGUCAGCGUCUGCCAAGCCCCACCACCCAGCAGCCCCCUCCUCAGGCGCAGCAGCGUCCCGUAGGGCAACGGCAGCCCGGGCCUGGAGCGCAGCAGCCUCGCCAGCAGGGGCCGCCAUCUGCACCACAGUCCCCACAGCCCCAGAGGGGUCCUAGCCCCAGCGGCGGGGGCCAACAGCAGUGGCAGCCUGGGUCACCUCAGCAGCAGCGGGCUACAGGAGCAGGCCCGCCCAAAGCAGCUUCCGGGGGUCCACCGGGGCAACAGCCGCCGCUGCCGCAGCAACAGCGUCCUCCAGUGGCAGGUCAGCCACGACAGCACCCACGCCAGGGCAGCCAGGGGGGCCCACCUCAGCAGCGCCCGCCAGGAGCAGGAGCCCAGCAGCAGCGCCCCGCUCCGCCCACCACCCAGCAGCCAAGGCCCAGCACUCAGGGGCAGGGGCCCGGAGGACCCGGGCAGCAGGGCACCCGCCCUCCACCAAGCCAAGGAAAACCACAAGUGGCCCAGAAACCAACCCAGGACCUGCCUCCACCGCAGCCCCAGCUGAACAAAUCCCAGUCUCUGACCAAUACCUUCCCCCUUGCAGAGGCGCCGGUGCCACGGGGCAGCCUUAGUCAGGACGAAGUGCGUGCCGAGAGCAUCCGCAGCCUCCGACAGAGCUUCGCCAGCCUCUUCUCCGACUGAGCGACUCCCCCCUGCCCUCCGCGCUGGGAUCCCUGACACCCUCUCCUCAACCCAACACUCUCUCCUUCCCCCUCCGCACAACCUUGGCUCAUCCCCAAUUUUACCACCGAGCCACAGGAGGGGACCUUUCCCUCCCCAAAAAGAGAGGAGCUCCUCAGUACUUCC